UAAACCGGGGAGGAGGAGGAGGUACGGAUUACCGGAAGAAGGCGGAAGGCGGUGGGAGAGAGAUGAAGAUCACAGCACUGUUGGUAUUAAGAUGCAAUUCGGAGGGAUCGGAGCCAAUGAUUCUUGCCAAUGCCACCGACGUUACUCAUUUCGGAUUCUUCCAAAGGCCCAGUGUUCGCGAGUUCAUUGUCUUCGUUGGUCGAACCGUAGCCAAGCGCACGCCUCCUGGCCAGCGCCAAUCCGUUCAACAUGAAGAAUAUAAGGUGCAUUCUUACAAUAGAAAUGGCCUCUGCGCAAUAGGUUUCAUGGAUGAUCCCUACCCUGUCCGAAGUGCAUUUUCUCUACUUAACCAGGUUUUGGACGAGUACCAGAAGAUUUUUGGGGAUUCAUGGAGAACUCUUCAAGAAGAUAAUAUCCAACCUUGGCCCUAUUUAACUGAAGCUUUGACUAAAUUUCAGGAUCCUGCCGAGGCUGACAAAUUGCUCAAGAUUCAGAGAGAACUGGAUGAAACCAAGAUUAUUCUUCAUAAGACCAUUGAUAGCGUUCUAGCACGAGGGGAAAAGCUAGAUAGUUUGGUCGAGAAAAGUUCUGAUCUCAGUGCUGCUUCGCAGAUGUUCUACAAACAAGCGAAGAAAACUAACCAAUGCUGUACAAUACUGUGAGGGCUGAUCUGCAUGGUCUGGAGUUAUACAAGGUCAGGAGUUUCUUUGUUUGAUGUAUAAAUUGAACACGAAAAAAUUACCACAAUUGUCCUUUAUUCGUGAAUUGCGAUCACUUGGUUCCCUUGUUUGUUACAUUUAGACCAAACGGUAAUAUAAUAUUAAUAGAUAGCUUGAUAACUGCAUCAAUUUU